UCUAAGGUUUCGAAUCAGUAGAAGCAUAAAUUCGACACGUCGAAAACCACUUCAGAUUACUUUCCUGUUGAGGGUGAACUAAUUUUGUUGUUUCAAUCCAUAUAAUAUCUCGAAGUUCACAAAAUUCUGUUGCCAUAUGAAUGGUCCAUUUGCCCGUGGUUCCCUAACUUGUGCAAACAUUUGUAAGUAUAUAAAUAGUCAAUGCACCACAUCGAAUACCCGAGCAAUCAUCAUGGAGAAGCCUUUAUUUUUCGUUGCGACGCUGCUAAGUCUAAGUGCAGCGCAAUACGAGAACAGCUUUGCAGCAACCCUUGGAUGUUCGCAGUACAACGCAGUAGGUGGCUAUGAAGCAGAUCACCCCUAUUUUGCAAUAUCCAACUUUAGAAAUGUUUUUUCUACCACCAACGUCACCCGAAUUCGGUUAGGGAUUCUUGGUACAAACGAUGGCAUCAUUCGCCUAGCACCAGCUGAAUAUCCGUACGAUGAAACAGAAAUGCAUGAAAUAGUUCUCUCUGGUUGGGCUAACCAACGAUCCGUGAUUCGAAGGUAUAUUCGCGAUUCACCGGACAAAGUCAAUGCGACCGUGGAAUUAGUUAAUCGAGCCAGCAAUGGGAUGCUUUCUUCCCUUAAACCUCUGAUGAUAUCAAUUGAGUACUAUCCUAGUGGAACCAUUAAAAUAGUUAAAGAUGGCAAUAGACGACCACUACUUCAGACUCAAGAUAGAAAAUUAUCGUUCAACAACAUAGGAUUUUGCAAUUGGAACGUUCCGGUAGUGUUUUUCUUCGAUUGUCCCGUUAACUAACUUGAAAAAGAAAAUAGAAUUCUUCACUUGAAUAAAAAUAACAAUCCCAUAUUCCUA